AUGGCUGCGUUUGCGGGCGAGUCCUCCAUCAGGGGCUCGAGUGAGGCCAUGCGCAUGGUUCUGCUCACCUUUUGCACCAUUGGCAUCACGUUUACCUGGGGAGUCGAAAUGACGUACUGCACACCAUAUCUUCUAAGCCUCGGAUUGAGCAAGAGCAACACUUCCAUGGUGUGGAUCGCCGGGCCGCUGUCCGGCCUCAUCGUGCAGCCCGUCAUCGGCGUGCUCUCGGACGAGAACACGUCGCGAUGGGGCCGCCGCCGGCCCAUGAUGGUCCUCGGCGCCGUCAUCGUCGCCGCGGCCAUGCUCGUCCUGGGCUUCACCAAGGAGCUCGUCGGCCUGUUCGUCGAGGACACCGACGCGGCCAGGAUGCCGACCGUCCUGCUCGCCGUGCUGGCCAUUUACGUCGUCGACUUUGCCAUCAACGCCGUCAUGUCCUGCUCGCGGAGUCUCAUCGUCGACACCCUUCCUAUUGAGAAGCAGCAAUCCGGCGCCGCUUGGGCCAGCCGCAUGUCCGCCAUUGGCAACGUCAUCGGUUACGCGGGCGGCGCCGUCGACCUGGUCAGCAUCCUGGGCACCACCUUUGGCGACACCCAGUUCAAGCUGCUCACCCUCAUCGCCGUCGCCGCCAUCCUCGGCACCACGGCCGUCACCUGCUGGGCCGUGACCGAAAAGGUGCUGCUCCCCGACGCCGCCCACCAAAAGAACCGGACUCGCCAUCCAUCCUCCUCCUCCUCGGAGGGUCGCUUCCGGGUCGUCGCCCAGAUCCUGGCCACCAUCCGGCACCUGCCGCCGCGCGUGCGCGCCAUAUGCUGGGCGCAGUUCUGGUCCUGGGUCGGCUGGUUCCCGUUCCUCUUCUACAGCACCACCUGGGUCGGCGAGACCUACUUCCGCUACGACGCGCCCGCAUCGGCGGGCAAGGACGCGCUCGGCGACAUCGGCCGCAUCGGCAGCCGCGCGUUCGUGCUGUCGUCGCUGAUCACGCUGACGGCCUCGCUGGUGCUCCCGCUCGUGGUGCGCUCGCCAGACGAGCCGACGUACACGCAGCGGCCGCAUCCGGUGCUCACGGCGGCGCUCAGGGUCUGCGGAAGGUGGUGGUCGCGGCCGGACCUCCUGACGACGUGGGUCGCGGGCCACGCGCUCUUCGCGGCCGCCAUGACGUUUGCCCCGUUUGCGACCAGCUACCGCUUCGCCACGGCACUGGUGUGUCUCUGCGCAGUUCCAUGGGCAAUCGCAGGAUGGGCGCCCAGCGCCCUUCUCGGUGUCGAGGUCAACAAGCUCGCGGGCCAGGGCAGCGGCUACCACCCUCUGACCCGCCAGGAUGUUGAGAUGACGGUGCUCGGAGAGGGCUCCUCCUCCUCCGGCUCCCCCUCUCAGGACGCGGGAGGCUCCUCGGCGGAGCUCUCGGGCAUCUACUUUGGCAUCCUCAACGUGUACACGACGCUGCCGCAGUUUGUCGGCACCUUCAUCUCCAUGAUCGUCUUUGCCCUCCUUGAGCCGGGCAAGAGCCGAGAACUGGGGGGUGAGGAUGGGGACAAGACGCCGUCGGCGACGCCGACCGGACCGAACGCGAUUUCCGUCUGCCUCUUCAUCGGUGCAAUGAGCACCAUCGUUUCCGCAUUUGUUACGAGAAGAUUGAGAACUCUGGAGUAA